AUGGCGACAAACGGCACAGUCGGUGGAGAGUCUGCCACGUCGGCCCGCUUCCUCUCGCUCCUCGAGGCGGCAGCGCACCCGGCCGAGUCCUCCCUCUCAUCCGAGACCCUCGCCGACUCACUCGGCAUCGCGUCCCUCCCAUCUCCAAAGGACGCAGUCAAGCUCGUCGAGGCCAACGUCCUCUCCCCUCCUCGCGACCUCUCCGGACCCGACCUCUGGAGGUGGCAAGUGCCCCUGCCGACCCAGAUCCCGCUGCCUGCCCUCCGCCUGGAUCCUUUACCAGCUACCCACACCGUCACCCCGACCUUCCGCGGCAUCGAUGGCGCCUUCACACACUGGCGGGACGCGCUCGCUCCCAAGCCGCCCGCACAUCCGAACCUCAGCUCCAGCAUGAUGCGUGAGCCCGGCAAGGCGUCGACCUUUGUGCGCGGCAAGAGCACCAACGCGCCGUUCCUGCCCGGUGGCCUCGAGCCUGCCGUGAGCGUCGAGAAGCUGGACGCCGAGGACGAGGACGAGCUCGAGGAGGAAGACGGUUGGAAGACACGUGCACCGGGCUUGCGCCGUGGUGUGCCUCUUGAAGGAGCGGACGAUUUCCUUGCCGAAAUGCUCGGCUCGCAGACUAUGACUACCAAGGCUCGCAGGCGGAGACGCGGUGGCGAAGAGUCGCCCAAGCUGGAGGUUUCGCGCCUUGGCGACGGCGAGACGACCCCCGACGGCGACGAGAUCAAGAUUGGCUCGUCUUCCUCGGCCAAGAACGUCGACGACCUUCUCCCCGUCGGCAGGCUUCCCGCCCCGCCACCUGCCCGCGCUCUCAAGAAGGCAGCCAAGAAAGAGUGGGCCCACGUCGUGGACGUCAACCAGGAGCUCGUCAACUUCCACGAGCUCGUUCCCGAGAUGGCGCGCAAGUACCCCUUCGAACUGGACAAUUUCCAAAAGGAGGCAGUGUACCGUCUCGAGAUGGGCGACAGUGUCUUCGUCGCGGCCCAUACGUCCGCCGGAAAGACUGUCGUGGCAGAGUACGCUAUUGCGCUUGCUGCAAAGCACAUGACCAAGGCAAUCUACACCUCGCCCAUCAAGGCGCUCUCCAACCAAAAGUUCCGCGACUUCAAGACUACCUUCGACCCGGCCAGCGUCGGCAUCCUCACGGGAGACGUGCAGAUCAACGCCGAGGGAAGCUGUUUGAUUAUGACGACGGAAAUUCUGAGAAGCAUGCUGUACAAGGGAGCCGACCUUAUCCGCGACGUCGAGUUUGUCAUCUUCGACGAGGUCCACUACGUCAACGACGCAGAGCGUGGCGUCGUUUGGGAAGAGGUCAUCAUCAUGCUGCCCGAGCACGUCAACAUCAUCCUCCUUUCGGCUACCGUUCCCAACACGAGGGAGUUUGCCGACUGGGUCGGUCGUACCAAGAAGAAGGACAUUUACGUCAUUUCCACCCCCAUGCGUCCUGUUCCCCUCGAGCACUUUCUCUGGGCUGGCAAGGAGCUUCACAAGAUUGUCGAUUCCAAGGGCCAGUUCCUCGGCGACGGCUACAAGACGGCCGGCGAGGCUCUCCGCCGCAAGCAGGACAAGGAGCGCGAGGCCGCCGGUCUGCCUCCAGUGCAGCGCACUGGUGGCCGCGGCGGUGCUCCUGGCCAGAACGUCAAGGCCAAGGACUUGCCCACUGGCCGCUCGGCCCCCUUUUCGCGUGUCGGUGGCGGACGCACGCACUCGAACCGCGGCGGCGGCCAGGGCGCCCCAGCAUCCGCAGUGGCCACUCGCGGUGGCCGUGGUGGAUUCAGCGGUGGCCGAGGCGGCCGCGGUGGAUUCCAGCUCGACCAGAACGUCUGGACCCAUCUCAUUUCGUACCUCAAGAAGGCGCACCUGCUUCCCGUGGUCAACUUUGUCUUCUCGAAGAAGCGCUGUGAGGAGUAUGCCCAAAACCUGUCCACGACAGAUCUGUGCGACGCCAAGGAGAAGAGCGAGGUGCACAUUGUCUGGGAGCGUGCUUUGAACAGGCUCAAGGGAAGCGACAAGACCCUUCCCCAGAUUCUGAGGAUGCGCGAGCUCAUGACUCGCGGCAUCGGUGUCCACCACGGUGGUCUUCUGCCUUUGGUCAAGGAGGUCGUGGAGAUUCUCUUUGCCCGCGGUCUCAUCAAGGUCUUGUUCGCGACCGAGACCUUUGCCAUGGUGGGUUACCCUCCUUGUUUGUCCAUUCUAACCUCCCAGGGCGUCAACAUGCCAGCCAAGUCGGUCGUCUUCACGGGUAUUCGCAAGCACGACGGCACGUCGUUCCGCAACCUCCUUCCCGGAGAGUACACUCAGAUGGCCGGUCGUGCCGGUCGUCGUGGUCUCGACACGACCGGUACCGUCAUCAUCCUCAGCGGUGAAGAGCUCCCCGCAGUAAAGGAGCUGCAGGAGAUGAUGCUGGGCGUGCCAAACCGCCUCACGUCCCAGUUCCGCCUCACGUACAACAUGAUUCUCAACCUCCUCCGUGUCGAGGCUCUGCGUGUUGAGGAGAUGAUCAAGCGCUCAUUCUCGGAGAACGCAGCCCAAAAGCUGGCUCCCGAGCAGCAACGCCAGGUCGAGCAGACCGAGAAGCUCCUCGCCAAGCUCCCGAACGUCGACUGUGCAGUGUGCAAGCCUGACAUUGAGGCGUUCUAUGACCUUUCAUCGGAGGUGGUCCGCAUCAAUACCAACCUCAUGAACCAGGCAGCUUGGGCCUCGGGGAAGCAAAUGUCCCCCGGCCGUAUCGUCAUUCUGCACGACGGGCAUUACCCUGGCAACGUCGCGAUUGUUCUGCGCAACGCCCCGUCGAUUGUUCGCGACGGCGUCAAGUCUGACGCCAAGGCAUUCUGGGUUCUGGCUCUUGUUACCAAGGGCGUCAAGUCCAAGAAGGAGGACAUCAAGGACGGCGACGUUCCGCCCCGCUGGCCACCCGUUCUUCCCAAGGGCACAUUUGCCAACCCCCAGUGGGAGCUCGAGGCUGUGGACAGCACGAGCGUGUCAUUCGUUACCAACCGCAUGCUCAAGAUUGACAUUAUCUCCGUGCUCGACAAGCGCAACAAGGACAUCUCCAACAAGGUCAUGCACGAGAUGGUGACUCUGCACGACGAGCUGAGCGCCGGCGACCUGGCCGAGUUCGACUGGGGCCGCUUAAGCAAGCUCGAGUUCCAGGAGCUGCUCCGCCAGAGGAUUGCGCUGUCUGACCGUAUCACCCGUCUCGGCUGCCAGCUGUGCGAUGACUUUGAGGACCACUACGACAUUAUCCAUGAACGCAAGAUUGUCGAGGGCGGGCUCAAGCUUCUCCAGCUGGCGCUGUCGGACCAAAACCUCGAGCUGCUGCCAGACUACGAGUCGCGCGUGGACGUUCUCAAGGAGCUGCAGUUUAUCGACGACAACGCCACAGUCCUGCUCAAGGGCCGCGUGGCGUGCGAGAUCAACUCGGCCCACGAACUCAUCCUCACCGAGCUCAUUCUCGACAACAUUCUCGCCGACUAUACGCCCGAGGAGGCCGUGGCCCUCCUGUCCGUCUUUGUCUUUGUCGAAAAGACCGAUUCGCAGCCCAACAUUGCGCCCAAGCUCGCACAGGGCCUGGACACCAUCUACAACAUUGCCGAUAAUGUGGAAAACUGCCAGCUGCGCCGAAACGUCACCUUUGACGAUUUCCGCGAAAAGUUCAAGCCGGGUCUUGUCGAGGUUGUGUACGAGUGGGCGCGCGGCAUGCCCUUUAGCGACAUUACGACGCUCACGGACGUGCCCGAGGGCACCAUUGUGCGCUGCAUUACGCGCCUGGACGAGACGUGUCGCGAGGUCCGUGAUGCGGCCCGCGUCAUUGGUGAUGCCGACCUGUUCCAGAAGAUGGAGGCGGCGCAGGCUUUGAUCAAGAGGGACAUCGUGUUCGCGGCGAGCUUGUACCUUUAG